AUGAAGGCCUCCGCUAUUCUCUCCCUCGUUGCCCUUGCUGGCCUCACCAUCGCCGCUCCUGCUGUUGGCAACGACAAUGUCCAUGGUAGCGGGGACAUCCACAGGCGUGGUGGUGGCUGGGGAGAGAAGCCCAAAGCCGUUGCCGUCGAGGCAGUCGAAGUCCCCGUCGCUGUUAAGGAGCCCCAGGAGCACUGGCACAAGCCCGCUCCUCAGCCCAAGCCCCAGCCUGUCCCUGUCAAGUCCAACGAGUACUCCAAGGAGGCUGGCAAGAAGUGGGGCAAGGAGGGCGGUUCCGCUGGUGAGGAAGACUACAAGAGCGUCCAGGACAACGAGUCCGCAUCCUUCAGCAAGAGCUUCGGCGAGACUACCGAUCACAAGACGGGCAAGAACUGGGGCAAGGAGGGUGGUGAGGAGAAGGAGAAGGAGCAGGGCAAGUCUCAGCAGUAA